GAGUCCGUUACUCAGUUUCCUUCCACCCGGCCAAGUGGCCACACAGUUUCCCUCCAUUCCCACGCGACGCAGAAAAAAGGCGCGGGAGUUCGACGGAAAUCGCCGCCGGAGAUGUCGUCGGUGACCACGAAGCUUGCCAACACCGCCAACAUCGCCACGUCGGAAGCGCAGGCCCUCGUCGCGGAUAUCCGCAAGGCUCUCGGCAACAUGAAGUCCCUCGCCGUCGAGUACGAGAGGGACGGCAAAUCCGAUAAGGUGCAGAAACUUGAGGAAAUGGUGAUGGAGAUGGUGGCUUCGUACGAGGACUGCACGGCCUUGACCGAGGCGAUUAAGGUGGUGCCUCAGGUGUACCAGCCCUCUGAUCAGCCAACGGAUUUCCAAACAUUGAUCGAGGCGGAGGUAAACAAGAUCAAGGAAGCCUCAUCAGCAUCAGGAAAGAACCAUCAACUCAUUCGACAGUUCAGGGAGUCUGUUUGGAAUGUUCAUCAUGCAGGUCAGCCAAUGCCUGGUGAGGAACAGGAGGACAUUGUCAUGACUAGCACCCAGAUGAGCAUCUUAAACGUCACAUGUCCAUUAACUGGGAAGCCGGUGAUUGAGUUGGUAGAUCCAGUUCGCUGUGUGGAUUGCAGGCACAUAUAUGAAAAGGGCCCAGUAAUGCAUUAUAUAAGGUCCCAAAAACCACCACAGUGUCCUAUUGCAGGCUGUCCCAGAGUCUUACAGAUAGGGAAGGUUGUCUGUGAUCCCCUCCUACGCAUUGAAAUCGAUGAGAUGCGUUCAUCCGGGCCUGCUGUUUCAAAUGCAGCAAAUAUAGAGGACUUUACCGAUAUACUUGACGAAGAUGAUGAAUGAGGAGCGUCUGGUAAAGGAUGGUGUCUUGUUCGGUGCAGUAGGAGGAUGGGUUUUAGUAUGUCAGGAUGCACUCUGUCUUGUUGAGUGCUGCAGCUGGAGAAGGAUGGGUUUUAGUAUGUUCAGGAUGCACUGUCUUGUUGGGUGCUGCCCAUGACCUUGCUAUGUUCAAUGCGAACAUGAUUUUGGUGUUUGGUUGAACUAAUCUAACGAGAGAAUAUAUGUCAGGAGACUUAUUCUGCAGUUUAUGACA